CUCCACUUCUCAGCCACCGUUAAAAGCAUCGAAUUUCAAACGCUUCUGGUUGGAUUCUCUGAGCAAAAGGAAGAGUUGGUGGUUCGUUUUGAGCUGUUUUUGCCAUCGCCGCCGCCGCUGCCGCCAUGCCGCCGAGACGAUAUGCCGUUGGACGGGCCGAUGAGGCCACCCACCCUGACUCCGUUAGAGCCACCUUGGCUGAGUUCCUUUCCACUUUCAUCUUCGUCUUUGCCGGAGAAGGCUCCGUCCUCGCUCUCGAUAAAAUUUUCAAGCCAGCAGACUAUGGAAGCUACGGUCGUGGUGGUUAUGGUUACAGUCAUGACCACGGUUACGGUAGAAGGGGAGGCGACACGGGCCGUGGGGCGUCGGAUUUAGUAGUAAUAGCAAUAGCGCAUGCAUUUGCGCUGUUCUCGGCCGUAGCGGCGAGUAUCAACGUCUCCGGUGGGCAUGUGAAUCCUGCUGUUACAUUUGGUGUACUUCUUGGAGGAAGGAUAUCUCUUAUCCGUGCAUUCUUCUAUUGGGUAGCUCAGAUUUUGGGCGCCAUUGUGGCUUCCCUGAUCUUGAGACUCGCAACGGGUGGCAUGAGGCCAAUGGGGUUCUUCGUUUCAUCGGGCAUAUCAGAACUGCACGGAUUUGUACUAGAGAUAUUGCUUACAUUUGCUUUGGUGUACGUAGUCUACGCAACAGCAAUAGACCCGAAGAGGGGAAGUUUGGAAACAAUAGCACCACUGGCAAUCGGGUUAAUAGUCGGGGCGAAUAUUCUAGUGGGUGGGGUAUUUGAUGGGGCCUGUAUGAACCCGGCCCGGGCCUUUGGGCCGUCGUUAGUGGGCUGGAGAUGGGACAACCAUUGGAUCUACUGGAUUGGGCCAUUGCUGGGAGGUGGGCUUGCUGCACUUGUCUAUGAGUAUUUGGUGAUUCCAGUUGAACCUCCUGUACAUACCCACCACCAGCCUUUAGCUCCGGAAGAUUACUAAGUUUUUUAUUAUUAUUUUUUUUUAUUUUGUAGGGUUUUUUUUUUUUUUUUU